AUGAUUUUCCAGCUCACCCUUUUACCAAGUGAAGUUUUCUUGCCUAAAGAUUCUGAAGAAACGCCAGAUAUAUCAUCCAGAACAGAUCCAUAUGUUGGAAAUUUGAUCGUUAGAAGCAUAGAUUCGUUGUUAAACAAUAGUAUAUAUGAAGAAAUAUUCAACAAUUCUGAUAUAUGUACCAUUAUUAAGACCAGUAUCAACGAUUCUCCAUUUCAUGUACGUCAGCUUAUCUCCAAGCAUGUUCGUAGAUACCUCGAAAAUGGAGGAGUGAAUAAAGAUAUAGAUGACAUCGCAUGGAAGCUAUUAUUCGACAAAGAAUAUGCAAUUUUUAGUGAUUCAGCACAUGCGAUAUGCUCAAUCGUUGGAAAUACAGGGAAUCAUACUUCAUUUUUAGAUGAUCACAAAGUUCAUACGUUGAUUACUCACUCAAAAACUGAUGAUGUAACAGAUAGAUUGCGUAUAUUUGAGUUUUGUGGAAUGUUAGGAUUGCGUAAUGAUGGCUGUUUUUUAAAGCUUCGCGAAUGUGGCAUAUAUGAUGAAAUUUUCAAGGUUUAUCUACAAGAGGACGUUUUGGUUAAAUUAAACUGUUUGGAAAUAUUAGGGUCCAUGUUACCCUUGUUGAACCGACUAAACUUUCAAAUAGGCCCAUCUAGUGAUUUUAUAAAACAUUCUAUGGAUUUAUUUGUGGCUGAAGACCACCUAUUGUUACCCUCAGUUCUGAGAUUUUUUUCAACUAUUUUGAGUGUUCCUAAUGUUUUGGCUGAUGAAGAUGUUAGAUCUUUUGGCAAACAUGUAUCUGAGUUGUUGAACUCAUCCAAUGUCACUGAUCCUCGCUAUUUGUCAUCAUUGUCAAUUUUUGGAUUUUUAUAUAUCAAGGGUUUGACAGACAAGCAGACUUGUGCUAAUUUCGUUGAGACAUUCAAGAAUAGCACAAAUGAGGAUGUUAUGUACUCAUGUAUGGAAUCUUUGGAAACAAUAGCUCACCUUAAAAGACUGGAUCUGGAUUUUGAAUUUAUAGGUGAUGUUACAUCAUGUGUAAUGGAUAACAUACAUCGGUUUCCAUUUGGUGAAAUCAGAGAAUUAUUUUACACAUUUCUUCUCCAUACUAUUGAUUACAAUUGUGUAGUGGAAAAGAUAAUAGCUGAAGAACAGAAAAGCAAGGUUUUUACCAAACCAGAAAGUAAUCAUCAAGUUACGAUUACGAAAAGAAAGAUGAUUAAGGAGUUUUUAUCAAGGUUGGCUGAGUUAUAUCCGGAUGGCGCACUUCCAUUGGACGAAUUGACAAUAAAGACUCUAAAAUCAUUGUAG